AUGACUUCUACAACUCAUGCACCCGGUGAUAAAAUUCUAUUGAUUAAUUCACCAUAUUCAAAUUCUUUGAAACUUGACGAAAUCUGUGAACAACUUACGCAACAAGUUACCAAAGACGGUUUUGUCAAGAUAGAAGAGUUAGAUAAAAUUACUACAGUUACAACUUUGGCACCUGGUGGUGUCUUAUAUCUCAAAGAGCUUACUACUCUUACACCACAAUCUCACGUCGAAAUUCCGUUACGUACUACUCAAGAAUUGGUUAGUGAACUUAAAAUGACAGGAUUUAUCAACUUGGAAAUCUAUGAGGCAAAAAAAGUCGAAAUGCCCGAAUUGGAAAGGAUCAUGGAGCAUAUAUGGAGUACUCAUAGUAUUCAUGAUCAAACUAAACGACAAGAACUUGUCCAAGUAUUGAAUGGUCAGCUAAAUGUAAUCGAGCUAGUUGCGAAAAAACCAACUUAUGAAGUCGGUGCUACAUUUGCAUUGCCUUUUGCUAAUAAGGCUUCUAAAGCUAUAUGGACACUUGCUGGUAACGAUGAUGAAUUAGAAAAUGAAGAUGAUUUGUUAGAAGAAGAAGAUUUGGUCAAGCCUGACAAAAGUCCCGAUUGUGAAACUGAUGGCAAACGAAAAGCUUGCAAAAAUUGUUCAUGUGGUCUUGCGGAAGAACUAGAAAAAGAAAAACAGCUUGCCGCUCAACAAUCUCAACAAUUCAA